AUGGCUUCCUCAUCGCCAGCGACAGGUUUUGAGCAUUUUGGACACAAAAUAUACUCGACUGUUAAUCAAAAUAAUAGCAAUAAAAAUGUGUUCCUUUCGCCAGCAAGUAUUGCUCUUGCUAUGGCCAUGUGUUCAGUUGGCGCUCGACAAGAAACACUAAAACAAAUGUUACAUGUGCUUGAUGCUUCAUCGAUAGAGAGCUUAACAAAAACAGCCGAGCAAGUUAUGGAAGUCUUUUCUAUUGCUGAUCAAGAUACACAAGUUAAGCUUAAAUUAGCUAAUCGACUUUACGCACAGAAAUCAUAUAAACUUCAACAAGGUUAUUUAGAUCUUGUUCAGGAUUCGUUCAAAGCUGAUAUUAAACUUGAAGAUUUCGUAAAUAAUAGUGCUGCUGCUGUUCAAACGAUUAACGCAUGGGUUGAAGAUCAAACGAAUAAUUUGAUUCAAAAUUUACUUUCUCAAAAUGAUGUUAAACGUGAUACACGUUUGAUUAUAGUAAAUUGUAUCUAUUUUAAGGGCACAUGGAGAAAGCAAUUUGAAGAGCAUUCAACGAAUGAAAACGCUGAUUUUCAUGAAGCUAGUGGCAAUGUUUCAAAAGUCAAACUAAUGUUCAUGAAAGAAAAAUAUUUGUAUGGUGAAAAUAAAGAUUUACAUGUGCAAAUAGCUCAUUUACCAUAUAAGAGUGAUAAUGCGCGUGUUCAAUUCGUUUUCACUGUGAUCUUGCCACAGAAGGAUGUUUCAUUAAAUAGUGUUGAACAAAAAUUAUCAUCAAAGCCACAGCUAUUGCAACAAAUAUUGAACGAUGAAAAUACAAGAACGGAAGAGCUUCUUUUGUAUCUCCCGAAAUUCAAAAUGGAAGCUUCAUUUGAACUGAGUGAUGUUCUUAAAAGGUUAGGAAUGGUGAAUGCAUUCAGUGACAGCGCAGCCGACUUUACUGGUAUUGUAAGUAAAGAAGAUGAUCCUGCAGGUUUAUGCGUUAGCAAAGUUAUUCACAAAGCGUUUAUCGAUGUAAACGAAAAAGGUUCGGAAGCUGCUGCUGCGACAGCUGUCAUUAUGGUAACCAAGUCAAUGGCAGUGCGCCGAAAACCUGAACCAAUUGAAUUCAAAGCUGAUCGUCCAUUUUUAUUUUACAUUCAAGAAACUCGACAGAAUUUGACAUUAUUCACUGGAAAAUUUCUUACACCAACAAACUUUUCAUGA